AGAAUAUAGUACGACUACGACAAAUUGCUGAUUAAGAAAUGAGAAUAACCUCAUCACUGAUACUGAUCAUAGAUUUAUUCGAUGUUUCCAAAGAAUUUUUCUUAUUGACGAUAACAAGUAUUGCAACAAUACUCCGUGCUGAAUGGUUAAUUAGAUUAGCACAUUGAGAGAGCAUUGAACUCGAGAUCUCACUUGUACCCAGAGAUGGCCAUUGAUCUCUGCAAUUCCAAUUCAGUGCCAACGCUCGCCAUUACCAACGGAUCCUCGGUGGCCGACUCUGACCCCUUUCGAAUUUCCAAAACCAUGGAAGCUUCGGUCAGGAUCCUCAACUCACCACUCCUGAACCGUCAGUUAUCAACUUCGUUCCUCCUCAAACCCCACCCUCUCAAAUACCCUCGUGGCAGACUCCCUUACAAUCCCCUCCCGCGUUCUCCUCCCACUCGCAUCGUUGCAAUCUCAGCAAACCCUCACUUCUCCAGUCCCUCUCCCUCUUCCUUCCCUCCUCCCUCCUCGGCCCCUUGUCUGAAUUCGACCCCGUUACGGUCCUUCCAAUCCCUUUCCACCAACAAUUUCGCCCCAACUGUCGCGGAUUCUACUAACAAGUCGUUCGAGUGGAAUUUGGCCCGAAAAGUAAACGGGGGAGAUGUGGGGCUUGUUGGGGGUAAGGGGCCUCUGGUGACUGUUGUGUUGCUGGGUUGGCUGGGAGCCAAGGUUAAGCACUUGAAGAGGUACGUGGAAAUGUACAAUGGGAGGGGGAUGAACGCGGUGACGUUUGUCACGUCGGUGAACGACGUGCUUUCGUCCGAUAUGGGGAGGAAAUUGGAGGAGAGGGUGGCGGGGUUGGCGCAGGAGCUGGGGUCGUGGUUGGCUGAGAGCGGAAAGGAUGGGCGCGAAAGGAUGUUGAUCUUCCACACCUUCAGUAAUACUGGUUGGCUUGCCUAUGGAGCGAUUCUUGAGAACUUACACAGUAGAGAGGACCUACUGAUGAAGAUCAAAGGAUGCAUUGUUGAUUCGGGAGGGGACCCCAAUAUAGACCCUAAGGUCUGGGCAGCUGGAUUUACUACUGCCCUGCUGAAAAAGCGCAGCUCAUCAGCAUCCACUUCUGCUGAGGCUGGAGAAGUAAUAGAAACUGAAGCAGGUCUCUGCAAGACUCAACAAAACGAACCUUGGUUAAUUGAAACCAUGCUCCUAAUAACAUUUGAGAAGCUCUUCGCCUUUCUUCUUAACUUGCCUGAUGUAAAUGAGAGGCUGAAAAAGGUCAUCUGUACCCUCUCAAAGAAGCAGCCUCCAUGCCCUCAGCUUUAUCUGUAUAGUACAGCUGAUAAAGUCAUCCCAUCGCAGGCCGUAGAGUUGUUUAUUGAGGAGCAAAGGAGCAUGGGAAGAAAAGUGUGGUCUUUUAACUUUGGGUCAUCCCCUCAUGUAGACCAUUACAGGACUUUCCCUGAAAUUUACUCGUCACAGCUCCAAAGUUUCUUGGAACAGUGUUUAGCCACUGUGAACAAACAUUGAAACCUACAAGUUUCAGGUAAUUAGCAAUGCCAAGCUAUGUUGGCAACAAGAUGAGGAUCCAUUGGCAUCAUAGCUAUGUUGAUGCAGAGAUUACCAAACAAGGAUUUUAAAUACACAAAUUAUACAAAAGCUUUGGUAUAUAAUGUUUUGCUUGGGAAACAGAACUGCCAGCUAGCCUAGAGGGCUUGCUGACUGCUAAAGGGUCUACGAAUUAAGCAAUACGUUAUCCCACAUUUGUGUAGUAAUUCCACUGAAACAUUUGAGAGCGAGCAACGAUUUAGGGUAAUGAUAACCUGUAUUUCGUGUCUAGAUUUUUCAUGCAGAAUGAUAUUGUCUUUGAAUUUCUUUCAUAAUUCAUCUUAAACCAACAAUUAAAUUUACAGAUACUAUCGUCUUAUCAUUG